UGCGACUCAGGAAGCAACAACGACAACAUCUGCAGCGCCUGAACCUGGUGAACAGCUGAUGACACACCUACACCAACACACACACACACACUUGUCAGCUUUAGUUUGUUAGUGUCUCUGCACGUGUGUGUGUUGGUACCCAGUACAGCCUGGUAAGUCGGCAGGUGUGUGUGUGUCAGCAAAGGAGUCGGCAGCUCUCGGAUAAAAAGCUUGAGCAAACCAGCAGCGUCUACCUGCCUCACUUUGGACCAGUCGAACCCCUCUGGACACCUGUCUAGCUCUCUGCGCAGUCUCGCCUUGACGGUCGCGGCCUGUUGGUGCGUCAGCGUGGACAGGAGCGCCUCGGCCGGGGGCGGAGCCUCUUCCGACGUCAAGCCCGUCACCAACGAUGAUAACCCCGCCUCUGUUAGCCACGCCUCCUCCAACUCCACCUCUGCAGUACGUUUCCAUAGUGAUGUGCCGGGAGUCAGAGGUCGCUGUCUGGUCAGGUGGAGGCGGGCCAGAGCAGGAAAGAGAUGACAACAUCCUGUAGAAAUAUGUCAAAGGAAAUCACACACUUCUGCAAUAUUGAUCUCAUUAGGCGUGUGUGUGUGUGUGUGUGUGUGUGUGUGUGUGUGUGUGUGUGUGUGUGUGUGUGCGCGCUCAGGGGAGAAGCAAGUGAGAUGCUAACGCUAGCUGCAGCUGAGUGUCCAUUAAGAGGAAAUGGAUCCUGGCAGCCAAUCACAUGGAAGAGUUUUCACUCAGGCCCUCUGUCUGUAAUCUGACCAUGUUAUUUUUUCUACACUUUACAUUUAUGUUACUUUAUUAUGCUUUCAAACACACAAUUGUUCAAUUAUUUGUUUUGUUUUGUACAAUAAUGAUUUAAAAACAUGAACUAUUCACCACUUUUGUCCUGUUGGAUGCAUGUUAUUCACAAUGUUGGCUUUAUUGGCAGGAACAUUUACACCGAAUCAUCCUGAUUAACAAUCAUGUCAACAACUAUUAAUAUGUCAUCAUGUCAGCGCUGAUCAGAGAUCAAUAAAGGGUAGCAUAGGGAAGGAAAACUCACCUCCGGCUGGUUUGGCUCCUGAUGGUCCAAGUGGAGAAGGAAGGGAGCAAAAGAUGGAAGGAGGGAAGAGGGAGGAGCUUGGACCACACUGAUGGAAUAUUCUUAUUCCCAUAUUUGGACCAACAACUGGAUUUAUGAGAAAAACCUGAAACAAGCAUAUAAAUAAGCAUAGAUAGAUAUGUGCUUGUAUUAUAUGACAAAUAUGUUUAUUAAUUAAUUGACCAUUAAUCCUCCCAAAAAUUAAUGACCUGAUGGUUUAUGUUGUAAUAUACGGUUAUUGGUUUUACAUUCUCCAAAAUGACCUUUAACAUUUUAUUUUUUUAGUUUGCUUUGAUUGUAUUCAUUAGGUCUAGCAAGUUUAAAACAAAUAUGAAAACUCAAAGUCAAUUAUUUUUGCUUGUUCGGACUUCGGAUGAGCCCCGAAUGUCGUCAACGCGCUCUCUCCGCAGCGCAUGCGUAGUUAGGAGCUCGCCUACAGCGUUUCCGUGUUGUGUUGUUGCUGUCACAAGGCAGUCGCGGAUCUUCGGACACGAAGAUGAAGAACAAAGCUAGCAGUGCUCCAGUGAACGUGAGGAGACGUUUGUGGUCAUGGAAACAGUAUCUCAACCAGGAGAAUGCCGAAGCUGCUCCUCUAACACUCUUUAUACAGUGCCAAUCAUUUCCUAGUAAGAAAAAUGGUUUCAAAGUUGGUAUGAAGCUGGAGGGAAUCGACCAGGUGCAUCCUUCCAUGUUCUGUGUGCUGACUGUUGCCGAGGUGAUUGGCCACCGGCUGCGUCUUCACAUUGACGGCUAUUCGGAAUGUUAUGACUUCUGGGUAAACGCCGACUCGGCUGAUAUCAAACCAGCAGGUUGGUGUCAAGACAACAAACACAGGCUCCACCCACCCAAAGAAUCCAGUGAGGCUGAUUUUGAUUGGCCGCAGUAUUUUCAGUCCACCGGAGCUCAGGCGGCACCCGCAGCCCUCUUCACCUGUCGCACGGAUUCAUGUGACUUCCGUGUCGGGAUGAAGUUGGAGGCGGUGGACAAAAAAAACCCAGGACUUGUUUGUGUUGCCUCCAUCGCUGAUGUCAUCGACGACCGCUUCCUUGUUCAUUUUGACAACUGGGACAACUCCUACGACUACUGGUGUGACAGCAGCAGUCCGUACAUUCACCCUGUUAGCUGGUGUCAAGAACACGGGCAACCUUUGACCGCGCCGCAGGAUCACCCAGACCCAGAGAACUUCACCUGGGAGGAAUACCUGCGAGAAACUGCAUCCAGCGCUGUUCCCAGAUCAGCUUUUACUACGAGAGGUCCACACGGCUUUCAGAUCAACCAAAGACUGGAGGCGGUCGAUAAGAGGAACCCAAUGUUGAUCCGUGUUGCCACGGUAACAGCAAAAGACGACUACAGAGUGAAGGUGCACUAUGACGGAUGGUCGCAUCACUUUGACGUAUGGUGCGACAUCGACUUGUGUGAUCUUCAUCCAGUCGGCUGGUGUCAACGCACAGGACACCCACUGGAACCACCUCCAGAGUGGUCUACCCCUUCUCAGGACGUGUGUCCCACAUCUGGUUGCAGAGGAGUGGGACACAUCAAAGGACCAAAAUACACAGGACACCACAGUGCCUUCGGAUGUCCCUACUCGGACAUCAACAUGCGCAAGGAGCUGGUGGUUCCUGACAGGCUUGGAGCUGUCACUAUGCACCACCAUGGCAAACAGUCAGAAGGCAGGGAGAGCAUUGAGGUGAAGACAGAGUGCAGAGACUCCCCGCUGUCUCCUAUGGUAAAAAGAAGACGAAUGAGUGACAGGAUACACCAGGCUCCAAAUUGUCUCUCAGUGAAACAGGAAGAGGAGGAGCUAAAUCAUCCGGGCACCGGUCCAGCAGCUCAAGAGUCCAGCCUGCAGGCCGUCCUUCACCAGUCCGUCUUCCUGUCAGCUGUGACGGCUCAGCCUGGCAGCGACCCGUUGCUCUGCUGGGAGCAACACCGCAAACUCCUGCCAGGAGUCACCGGGGUUCACGCCAACGCUGUGCGGCACUGGAGCGUGCAGCAGGUGUCACAGUUUAUCGAGUCGCUGCCUGGUUGCGGAGACUUGGCCAAAAAAUUCAGCGAUGAGCAAAUAGAUGGGCGGUCUUUUCUCUUGCUCACCCAGCGAGACAUCGUCAGAAUCAUGUCGAUCAAACUUGGACCCGCUCUCAAAAUUUACAAUUCCAUCCUGAUGUUCAAACAUGCUGAAUGCAUGUCACAUGACAGGGACAAGAACCAAUCAGAUGACAAAAGACAAUCACGUGACCUGAAUAAGCAUACAUACCAUAAUGAGGAAACGAGCCAAUCAUUUGACAAGGACAAGAAACUGUCAAAUGAAAUAGACAACAAACAAUCUUGUGACAUGGACAAUAACCAAUCAUGUGACGGGAACUAUAACCAAUUACAUGACAAGAACCAGUUAUGUAAUGAGGACAAGAUCCAAUUUUGUGACAAAGACGAAAACCAAUCGAGUGACAUGGACAAGAAUGAACCACAUGACGGGGACAAGAACCAAUCACGCGACGAGGACAAGAAUACUUGAAUGGUCAAGGCGCUCCUCAUGUAAUGUAUCUGUUUCCAUACUAUUGUCAAUCAAACUGAAACCUUUGAAGUACUCUCAGGUGUUUAUAUAGCAUACAGAACUGUAGUUUUUGUAUUUCGUAUUUGUGUUAUACAUAGAAGGAGAUAAUCCUAUUUUCUAACACAACUUUUGUCUGCUUUUGCUGCUCCCCCAAAAAUUCCAAAGAGACAUUCCCAUGUGUUAUUUAUCUUAUAUUAGCUUAAAAACUUAAAUGGUGAAAAUGCUGAAAAAUAUGGUGUAAAAUGUUAGCUUAGCAUGUUAGCUUGAACUGCUGUUUUUGAUUUUUGUCUUCAAGAAAACCUCCUGUUUGUAUGAGGUCAUCAGAGAUAAUAUUUAUAUUUUUGCUCUGUAUCAUAUUGUAAAGAGUCUAUUUUGCUUCUCUAGAGGUCUCUAUUUUCCUCCCUGGUACAUUUUUAUUUUAUUUUUUUCCUUGUGAUUUUCAUGUCAAUCAAACAACGUGGCGGAGCUUGCUGCAUCCAAACCCACACGCUAACCACUCAAUAUUGUAAUCUUGUGUUUGGAGUGGGAUUGUAGAGUUAGCAUGGGACGAGAUACGUUAGACACUCAAGUCACUUUCCUCAGGUUGCUAUAGUAACAACAGACUACUAGUAGUAUUUAUAUUCAAAUUUGCUACACUUGCCAGUCUUUCAAUAAACAUUUGGAUCUGA